AUGUCGAAUGUCCUGCUUCUGAGAACUGCUACUCAAGACAGCCCAGAUCAGUAUGAAGAUGCUUUCAGGUCUCGCGGAUACCAUCCAAUAUCAGUUCCUGAGCUAGCACGCAUAUUAAGCCUCGGUCCAGAGAAGCAGAACCUCUCUGGAGUCAUAAUCACGAGCAAACGAGCCGUCGAGGCAUGGUCCGAGGCAGCAUUGAUUAUUGCUGAUAACAACUCACCUCCCAAGCCUGAAUCUGACUGGUGGCCCGUGCCCUUCUACGCCGUUGGAGAAGCUACAUCAGACGCGCUUCGUGAUAUUUGUAAGAAGGCUCCUCUGAUCAUACUCAAGGAUCAUUCCUCAGGUGGGACCGGCAGAAAGCUUCUCUACCUCACUGGAGAUAGGAAUCGUGACACAUUACCGAGGAUUCUGGAGUCGGGAGGUGUUGCAUUAGACCCUCUCCAGGUCUAUGCCACACAAGGUUCAUCCAUGUUUUCCUCAAGAGUUGUCGCUUGCCUUGGAACAUAUCAAAGGAAAGUAUUUUGCAGCCUUAGAUUUGCACCACCUUUGAUAUUUCUAACAGGGGAGGUUUUACCCUGGGGAUGGAUCAUCUACUUCGCCCCUUCAGUAGCCGAAUUCGUGACGCCAAUCUUACGGAACCACUUCGUCCUGCCUACGGUCAAUUCGAUCAUAGAGGAUUGUGGCAAAAUUUCAGGACAUCGUCACAGAGUCAAAGUUGCUGCGAUAGGUCCCACUACGGAAUUUUUUCUCCAACAGACUUUGAAGUUGUUAGUCGCAAUAGCCGCGAGAAAUCCCAACGCGGGGGAUCUUGUCGAUGCGGUCCUUCAAUAUGAUGAAGCACGGUGACAUGCGGCAUUUCAUGUACACAUUUCAUCGCUUAUCACUAGGCACUAAUUCAAUGCAAUUUGGCCAGUCUGUCAACACAUUGACGACCUUUCCAACUAUACACGUUCUUUUGCACUACAUUCUUUGCUCUUCCUAUCUCCUCAACCUGAACGGCAGCGUAAAGCUGGUUCUUUCGGGCUAUCUCAGUAUCACGACAUGAACUCUCCACUGAUGCGACAAAUG